GUAACCGAGGGGUGUGACAUAAUUUUAGUUGUACAACAUUCUGGAUGACAGUUAAGAAGCAGACAGCAUUGUGCCACUGACAUCUAGGACAAGUAAACAUCAUUUCUACACUUUCUCAACCAUUGUAUCAUCUGUCCCAUCAUGGAAAAUGACGAUCUAAUACUCCCCAAAGACUUCCCUAAGUUGAAGAAUGAUGCAUUCCUCCGUGCAUGCCAAGGCCAGGAGACCAACCAUGUUCCUGUAUGGUGUAUGAGACAGGCUGGACGCUACCUGCCAGAGUUCCGUGAGUUCAGAGCUGGGAAGGACUUCUUUGAAACGUGUCGGUCACCUGCAGCCUGCUGUGAACUCACUCUCCAGCCAUUGAGACGUUUCCCAUUUGAUGCUGCCAUCAUCUUCUCAGAUAUCCUGGUUAUCCCACAGGCCAUGGGUAUGGAUGUCCAGAUGGUGUCAGGAAAGGGCCCUACGUUCCCAGAGCCCCUAAAGGAGCCAGAAGACCUGCUGCUCCUGCAGCACAAGGUGGACGUCAACAAGGAGCUGGGCUAUGUCUUCAAGGCCAUCACAUUGACACGCCACAAACUGGAUGGCAAGGUCCCUCUGAUCGGCUUCACUGGUGCCCCGUGGACCCUAAUGGCCUAUAUGAUUGAGGGGGGAGGCUCAACAACCCACUCCAAGGCUAAGCGCUGGCUGUACCGUCACCCUGAGGCCAGCCACAAGCUGCUAAAGAUGCUGACUGAUGUCAUCGUAGAGUACUUGCUGGGACAGGUGGCUGCAGGGGCACAGGCCUUGCAGGUGUUUGAGUCCCAUGCUGGCUGUCUGGGCCCAGUGGAGUUCCAGGAGUUCUCCCUGCCCUACCUCCGAGACAUCGCCCGUAAGGUCAAAGACCAGCUGAAGGAGUCAGGCCAGGAUGUUCCCAUGAUUGUGUUUGCCAAGGACGGCCACUAUGGUCUGGAGGACCUCUCUCAGUCCCACUAUGAGGUUGUUGGUUUGGAUUGGACCAUCGAUCCACGCUCAGCACGAGAACGGACGGGAGGAAAGGUUAGUCUCCAGGGGAACAUGGACCCCUGUGCACUCUAUGCCCCCAAGGAGCGUAUAUCGGAGAUAGUGAAGAAGAUGCUGGAAGGCUUUGGGACCAGAGGGUACAUAGCCAACCUGGGCCACGGGCUGUACCCUGACAUGGACCCAGAGAAUGUGGGUGCCUUUGUAGAAGCUGUCCACACUCACUCUCGCCACCUCAACCUCAAGUAACACCCCCGUCACCUGGCAACAUUGACCACAGUCAUCAUACUAGCAGAGAGCAGCGCCCAAAGAACUAAGCAACAUUGCAUUGGAUUAUAGAGACAAUGUAUCAUGUAUUCACAGAAAACCAAUCUACCAACAGGUCUUAUCAAGUAUGUUAUCCCAGGACAAAUCCAGACUUACGCUACUAAUUUUUUGUCCAUUAAAAUAACAUCAUAUUGAUCAGAAAUACAGUGUAGACAUU